CAGCAACCGGCCUGGCGGCGGCGCGGCCACAAAAUUGAGGAGGCGGAGCCAAGACUGGGUCGGUACUGCUCGCUAACUCCAGCACCAGGUUUAAGUUUUUCACAUUGAAGUAGGUCUACACAUUAGGAACUCAUGUCUUUUCUUGUAAGUAAACCAGAGCGAAUUAGGCGGUGGGUCUCGGAAAAGUUCAUUGUUGAGGGCUUAAGAGAUUUGGAACUAUUUGGAGAGCAGCCUCCGGGUGACACUCGGAGAAAAACCAAUGAGGCAAGCUCAGAGUCGAUAGCAUCCUUCUCCAAACAAGAGAUCAUGAGUAGCUUUCUGCCAGAGGGAGAUUGUUAUGAGCUUCUCACCAUUAUAGGCAAAGGAUUCGAGGACCUGAUGACAGUGAAUUUAGCAAGGUACAAACCAACGGGAGAGUAUGUGACAGUACGAAGGAUUAACCUAGAGGCUUGUUCCAAUGAAAUGGUGACAUUUUUGCAGGGGGAGCUUCAUGUCUGUAAACUCUUCAACCAUCCCAAUAUUGUGCCAUAUCGAGCCACCUUUAUCGCAGACAAUGAGCUGUGGGUCAUCACGUCAUUCAUGGCAUAUGGUUCUGCAAAGGAUCUCAUCGGCACACACUUCAUGGAUGGCAUGAAUGAACUGGCCAUUGCUUACAUCCUGCAGGGGGUGCUAAAGGCCUUGGAUUAUAUCCACCACAUGGGCUUUGUGCACAGGAGUGUCAAAGCCAGCCACAUUCUGAUCUCCGUGGAUGGGAAGGUCUACCUUUCUGGCUUACGCAGCAACCUCAGCAUGAUCAGCCAUGGGCAGCGGCAGCGUGUGGUCCAUGAUUUCCCCAAGUAUAGUAUUAAGGUUCUGCCAUGGCUCAGCCCUGAAGUGCUCCAGCAGAACCUUCAGGGUUACGAUGCCAAGUCUGACAUCUACAGUGUGGGGAUCACAGCCUGUGAACUAGCCAAUGGCCACGUCCCCUUCAAGGACAUGCCUGCCACCCAGAUGCUUUUGGAGAAACUGAAUGGCACAGUGCCCUGCUUGUUGGACACCAGCACCAUCCCUGCUGAGGAGCUGACCAUGAGCCCCUCGCGCUCAGGGACCAACCCUGGCCUGGGGGAGAGCCUGGCAUCUAGCACCUCCCGGCCCUCCAAUGGCAACUCACCUUUCCACCCCUACCACCGGACCUUCUCCCCUCACUUCCACCACUUUGUGGAGCAGUGCCUUCAGCGAAAUCCUGACUCGAGGCCCAGUGCCAGUGCCCUCCUGAGCCACUCCUUCUUCAAGCAGAUCAAGCGGCGUGCCUCCGAGGCUUUGCCUGAGUUACUUCGUCCUGUCACCCCCAUCACCAAUUUUGAAGGCAGCCAGUCUCAGGAUCAGAAUGAAAUCUUUGGCCUGGUGACCAGCCUGGAAGAGCUGGAUGUGGACGACUGGGAAUUCUGAGCGUUUGUAGACUGUGCUCUAGGCCCCGGGGCCCUUCCUGAGGGCUGGAUGCAGACUGGGUAGAAAGGAAUUCUGCCAGUCACAGCAGAGUACUGGCUGGUUGGAGGGACAUUCCAGAAGAAACCGUUGGCAGAAAGCUUCAAGCUCAGUGGACCUCAGAAGGAAGAGAUGCUGCUCAUACCCCGAGGCUGAAGUCCAAGCCCUGGGUUUGACUCGUGGACCAAGGGAACCGUCACCUCUUCUCUUCACCUCCUCUUCCCACCGCUUGUUCUGCUGCCGUUCUUUUCCUUUCUCCCAAGUUCUAUAGGCCAGCAAAGAGGCAAGUUACAAGGAGCCUGCCUCCUUGACCCUCAGGUCUCAAUGAUUAUUGAAGGGCAGGGUAAUGCUGUCAUCUUAAACACCAGGUUAAAAGCUGGGGCAGAUCUCCCUUGCCCUCUUAUCUUUUGGACACUUGACACCUGAACCCUUCCUGCAGCUCAUCUGUUAAGCUUACUCCUUUCCCCAGCAUCCAUCUUAACCCUCCUGCCAGCUGCCUUGGGGCCUCUUCCAAGGGCCCUAUUGUCAUGUCUUUCCUGAGGGCCUAAGUACCUGUGCUGUAUUACUCUUGUUUUAACAAAUUAAAAUUUUCAGAGA